AUAAGGCGCGAGUCGGCACUCUGUAGCUGAGAGGGUUUUAUCAAACGGAAUGUUUUCUUUUCAGGAAAUACACACGUGUGGGGUGUUAAUAUUUAUGAGCAGCUCGGUUAGUGAAUGUUUCCACCGGAAGUGUCAUGGUGAUCCUGAGGGAAGGUCUGUGUCCGGGGUUGAGUGAAGACCUCAUCAAAGCUCUGCGUGAACGAGAUGUGAGAACAGUCGAGGACCUUGUCUUGUCUGAUCCAGAACAUCUGGCCCAGAAGUGCUCCGUGUCCUACAAGACCUUGGUGGCAGUUCGGCGUGUGCUUCUGGCCCAGCAUGCGGCGUUUCCAGUCUCAGGAGCUGAGCUGUACGACGAGCUGCUGAGCUCCACUUCUAUUCUCUCCACAGGAAUCACCAGUGUCGAUAAGCUGCUUGACUCGGGUCUGUACACAGGGGAGAUCACCGAACUGUGUGGAGGACCAGGAACAGGUAAAACACAGAUGUGCUUCAGCGUAGCUGUCAACAUUGCACAUCAGCUCAACCAGAAGGUUGUGUACAUUGACACAAACGGAGGAAUAUGCGCGAACCGGCUGCUUCAGAUGCUCCAGCAGAAAACGGUCAAUACCGCAGAGCAGAUGAACGCUCUCCAGAGGAUCAGUGUGCUCCGAGUGUUUGACGUCUUCGCCUUGCUGUCCUGUCUUCAAAAUCUGAGAGCCAGUGGUCUUCAGAAGGGAGCUGGUGGUGGUUCAGUCAAAGCCGUGAUCGUGGAUUCUGUGUCAGCCGUGCUCUCCCAUAUGCUUGGCGGAAAACAGAACGAAGGGAUGUCCUUGAUGAUGCAGGUGGCUACAGAACUGAAGAUGAUGGCCAAAGAUUUUAACGUAGCUGUUCUGGUGACCAAUCACGUAACGCGAGAUGGGAAUAAUCAGCUGAAGGCAGGACUGGGGCAGUCAUGGAGUCACGUUCCACGCACACGAAUCCUCCUGCAGCGUUUGGAGCAGCCUGGACCUUCUUCCAGCUUCCGCACAGCCACUCUAUUUAAAUCCUCCCGACAGCCCUGCUACAUGAUGGAGGAGUUUGAUUUGAGUCCACAGCCUCAGGGAGAGUCACAGACCGGGUUUGCGGCGAAGAGAAAACUGGACACUGAUUCAUAAGAAGCUGCACUGCUGAUCUUUCGGUACCUAACAUUUUGAGAAGAGUCACGAUGUGGACUAUAUUCAGUCGGAACGGUUGAGUUUUAUACACCGGAUUGGACCCAGUAAACAUCACGUCUAGUUCUGAAAGUUCUACGUAAAUCAACAACCACUCUGAAGUUGAGGAUAGCACCUUCUGAAAUGUUUUAUUCCUCUUGCACCACAGCAGUUUGCCAACGAUGAUGUUACUUUUAUUCAUGAAUGACAAAACAAGCCAUUUCCUGUUAA